AUGCACGCCACGGCGGCACGUCUCCUGCGCAUCCAGCCCGUGCCGGCGAGCACGAUGCCCCGCGCUGUCGCUGCCGGCAGCAGCAGCGGCCGCCCUAUGCCGCGUGCGGACGCUGCACCAAGCGUUGCCGACCAGCUGCUCGCCAUGCCGCACCGCCCGCCCAAUCUGCGCAUGGAGCCGUUCGUGCACGGCAAGAGCCGCUACUGGAAGGUCUCGGCAAAAGAGCGCGACAUGCUGCGCGCCCAGCGCCGCGAGGCGUAA